AUGGCGGCGCCCAAGGCGCAGGACAUGAGCGUCCGCGACGAGGACACGCUGGCCCAGGACCAGAGCCUGGACCGGCUCCAGGCGUCCAUGAAGAAGACGCUGGGCUUCGACGGGGGCCCGACGGGCCUCGUCCACAUGGACACGAGCGAGCUCCACCAGUUCAUGGGCGAGCUCGGGGAGAAGAUGGCGCAGCACGAUCGCCUCGUCGUGUCGCCGCCCUGGCUCGAGCACCUCCAGGCGAAGCUCGGCGCCCUCGAGGGCGAGGUGACGUCGCUGCGGGGCACGGUCAAGGCCCAGGAGGCGGAGUUGAAGGACUACGCGAGGCGGGCCGCGGCGACGGCGCGCGCGGGCGCGGUCGCCGCGGCGCCGGCGCCGGCCUUCCCCGACGGCGACUUUGGUGAUAAUGAGUCGAGCGACGGCGACGACGCGGGGCCGCGCCGCGCGACGACCGCGGACCUGGAAGAAUUAGAAAAACGCCUCAUGCUCGAGUGCGUCGCGUACCCGGAGAUGGAGAAGCGCCUCAUGGCGCUCCACGAGUCCGUGACGCGCACGGACGAGGUCGCGAAGUUGGACGUCAAGGCGCAGCUCGUGACCUUCAGCAUCGACCUCGAGCGCAUGCGGAAGACGGUCGAGAUCGCGCCGUCCGUCGGCGAGCUCACGGCCCUUAAGGACAUGUACGGCGGCAAAUUGAAAGCUCUAAAGACCUUCCUCAACGAGAAGCUCACGUCCAUCGAGCGCGACAUUCGGUUAGAGAGCUCGAGCGAGAGCAUGCGCAUCGAGAACACGGUCAUCGAGAAGGAGGUGAAGAACACGGAGGAGAUGGAGACGAUGAAGGAGCAGAUCCGCGUGCUCCAGGAGGAGCUGGAGUUUUUGCGGGACGACAACCAGAAGCAGUCCGGCGUGCUCGACGCGCGCAUCAGCGACAACCAGACGACCUUCGAGGGCCAGCUCGCGGAGGUCAAGGGCCAGAACGACAAGCUCAAGGAGAUCCAGGCGCUCGCGCAAUCCCUCGAAAAGAACCAGGACAGCAUGGCGCACCGCGAGGCCGAGCUCAUGGGCCUCAUCGGCGACAACCGGUCGAAGAACGAGGGCACGGUGUCGCAGAUCCAGGGCGACGUCACGUUCCUCAAGUCGCUCAUCGACGGCAACACGAACCAGUUCAAGCAGCUCAAGGAGGAGGCCAACGAGCUCGAGAGCCGCGUCGACGGCAUCGAGGUCACCCUCGACCAGGCCCAGAAGCGGUCCAUGGCCAACAACGCCAAGCUCAAGGAAACCGAGAAGCGCACGAGCCAGCUCGAGGCGGACCUCGAGGCGAUCAAGACGUCGGACCUCGCGGACAUCACGACGGGUUUGGACGCCUUCAAGGAAGAAGUGAAGAUGAAGGACGAGGCCGUGCAGAACGCGCUCACGGAGCACCAGACGCAGAUGGACACGACGGCCUCCAAGCUCGCCAAGGCCGAGCAGGAGGUCUACCACGUCAUCCCGCCCAAGCUCAACGAGCAGGACAUGAUCAUCGCCGCGCUCAAGAACCAGGUCGAGGAGCACAAGACGUCCCAGGACGAGUGGAACGAGAAGACGACGGACCACAUGACGGAAGUGGAAGAAAAGACGACCAUCGAGCUCGCGGACCUCUCGGGCAACGGCAAGCAGAACACGCUGGCCAUCGGCGGCCUCGAGGCCGACCUCGCCGCGACGAAGCACACGGUGUCGCGCGACCAGGAGCACAUGCGCGGCGUCGAGUCGACCGUCGGCCAGAACCACGGCGUCAUCUCCAAGGCCGUCGACGUGCUCAAGACGGACGCGGAGCGCCGCUUCCAGCACCAGGAGGCCCAGCUCGGCUCCGAGAUCGGCAAGCUCCGGGACCAGAUGAAGGACCUCUUCAACUCCAUGGAGCACGAGAUGUCGUCGAAGAUCAAGCACAGUCACAACAGCCCCAUCCACCUGUCCGCCGAGGACCAGAAGCAGCACCUCCGGAACCAGGCGUCCGCGCUCGCGAAGAUCUCCAUCCGCUUCGAGCAGCAGAGCCACGAGAAGGGCAAGCCCGCCAAGGAGCUGCCCCGCGACAUGUGCCGCACGAUCUCGCUCGUGACCCAGGAGAUGGCCGACUACAUCGCGCAGAAGGCCGACGUCUGGGCCAUCGAGCAGACGAUCCACGGCGCGCCCGAGGACCACCCCUACAGCGACUCGACCAUCGAGACGCGGCGCCAGCGCAUCUUCCAGAACUUCAUGGAGCUCGUCAGCGAGGAGAUCACGCGCCGCUACCCGGACGCGGGCUCGAUCCGCCAGGACGCGCGCGCGAUGACCAUCCGCAAGAUCCAGGUCGCCAUCGAGAUGGCCCUGUCCAAGUUCGACCAGGUCACGGUCGUCGGCAACUCGCGGCUCCUCGCGCGCCGCCUCGACGUGCCCAAGUGCGUCACGUGCGACCGGCCGCUCUACAACCGGAAGAACCCCUACAAGGACAUCGGCAAGCUCCAGGACACGCCCAUCAUCGAGGGCCUCAGCCGGCCCGAGUCUUCCGCGGCCUACACGAACCCGCCGACGGAGCUCGGCUUCCACGGCACGCGGCCCGCGACGUCCGAGCGGCGGAGCCCGCACUACCAGAAGCAGCUGCGGAACCAGGAGAUCAACAAGCAGCGCCUCCAGGAGGCGGGCACGGGCGGGCGGCCCAAGGCCGUCAUGCGCGGCGGCUUCCGCAUGCCCAAGGGCCAGCUCUCCGAGGAGAUCCAGAUGCGCAUGACGCCCAACGUCAUCGAGGCCCAGCGGUCCCUCGACUCGCAGGACGAGCAGGACCCCCUCAUGAUGCAGACGUCGGCGUCCCUCCCGAACCUGAACCCCUCGCGAUAA